UGGAUGCCCAAAUCAAGGUUGCCUCUGAUGGGCUGUUCACUCAUGUCAGCAUCAGGUUCUGCUGCUGAUCCUCUAGCCCAAGCUUUUUCUUCUUGAUGUGUGCACCGUUUGUCAGAUUAAGUCGUCCAAGGUUACGAGGUGAUCUCAAAGAUUAUGUUGCUUUCUGCCCCCUGCUGGACGCGUGGCCAUGGCGGUAGCCAAACCAGAUGAACUCCAACCUCGCUCGUCUCUUCUUACCACCAGCACAGGAGGAGUUGAGGAAGAAGAAGCAGUGACCCGAGCCUUCCGCCCGCGUGAUGGAAGAGUUGUACGAGUCGGAGGUGGUGUGGCCGGACGGCCACGAGGAGCGGCCGAGCGACGCGGGGAGUAGACCGUGCAGCUCGUCGCGGGGUCGGACUUGGACGGCCUCCGCGCCGAUGGAUGUCCCGAGGACCCGGCGCGUGCCUGCGACCGGCGAGGCCAGCAUCGGUGAUUACGGUGACGAGGAGCGAGAGACGGAGAUGGUGCCGCCGCAUGUCUUGGCGUCUCGCGGUAGGAUGGUGGGGAAGGCGGCCUUCUCGGUGUGCACCGGCCAGGGGAGGACGCUCAAGGGCCGGGAUCUGAGGCACGUCCGGAACUCCGUGCUCCGGAUGACCGGCUUCCUUGAGGACUGAUGCGUGCGUCCUCGGUGGAAGUAAGAACAGGAGGAGGAGCUUCGCUUCAGCUUCUUGUGAUCUUGUGAAGCAUACCGCUUGCUACAUUAAUGAGCAUCCUUCCUUCCUCUUCUCACAAGAUCACCGUGGGAACUGAGUUCCUACCCUGUACUUCAUUCCUUUUUUCUUUCUGCUCGAUGAAAUGCCCAGGUAAGAUCUGAGUCCAGCUGACUUCAUGAUUUCAUACUUCCAGCUUAA